GCUCGUCCGGAGGCUUAAGCUGUGCAGGAGCCCAUGGCGGCCGGGGAAUGGGGGAGUCUCAGGUCCAAGCCCUGCCACACAGGGAGGCAGCUGAGGCCCUGCCAGAAUUUGAGUGCAGCACUGGCGGCGGGCCGGCACUGCUGGGGGACCCGGUGCACACUCCACAGCUGCUGGCCCAGUUACUAAGUCCCUCACUGCCCGAGGCCGGCGGCGCCAGCCGGCCGCUCGGAGUGCGGGGCCCGCCAAACCCACGCCCUCCCGGAACUCGCGCUGGCCCACAAGCGCCGCGCGCAGCCCGGGUUCCCGCACACGCCUCUCUCUCCACGCCUCCUCUCAAGCUGAGGGAGCCGGCUCUGGCCUCCGCCAGCCCAGAAAGGGGCUUCCACAGUGCAGCGGCGGGCUCAAGAGCUCCUCAAGCGCGGCCAGAGUGGGCGCCUAGGCCGAGUAGGCGCCGAGAGCAAGGGAGGGCUGCGAGCGCUGCCAGCAUGCUGUCACCUCUCAGAAUGAUUUAUGAUCAAGGGGUUCCAGAACCAGUCCCUCACAAACACCAAGGAAUGACUGUAUACUCCUUCAGGUACCAUGAAAAGACACAGCCAUUAACAUAUGUGUUCAACUAAACACAGAGCAUUGACUUGAAACAGUACAUGAUCAGAAUGAAGACAAUACUAUAAGGAACUACAAGGAGAAACUAAUAUUGUCAGGGUGGAGAGGAUAAUGGAGAAAACAAAGAAGGAGGCAUUAUACCUAGGACUCCAGGGAGAGAAGGAAACAGGCAAAGAAGCACAUGAACAUGAAAGUUCUGGUGUGUUGACACACGGAUUCCCGAGAGAGGAGGCUCAAGAACUCUUACCAUGUCCAUUUGACAGAGGAUGAAGCUAAGGCUCAAAGAAGGAAUUGGUGCCUACCAUGGCUGGGGAUACACAGUGAUGGAUUUGUGACUUGCUCCUCAGAAAGCUGGCCCAAGGGUGUACAGCAUAUGAAUGUGGGGGAGUUUACACUACACACGCUCUUGGCU